ACCAGUUGUUACAGAAGUCUUACCAGCUGUGCUGACCUCCACAAAAAGUAAACAGUAACGUAUUCGUCUCACGUGUUAACAUGGCUGUACCUACCAGAAAGUAAGUAACGUUAGCCUCGAGCCGGUAAGCAUGAGGACUAUGAAGCUCAGCAGUUCACCGGACUUUGAAACAUGUCAAUGAGUAAAGCAGUAGCGUCUGUCGAAACGCCUGAAACCACAACAGCCCCGCGGUUUUCUCUGUAGCUCUCUAACCGAAAAGAGCUCGAUGGAUUUCCAAAAACUUUGCACUUUUAACACUUUUAAGCGGUGUUGGAGUCACUACGGUUAUGGGGAAAACUUCCAAGACGUGAUUGAGAAGGAGUUCAAACGCACUAAAGGGAUAACAUAUCUGGAUCAUGCAGCAACUACACUGUACCCAGAGUCUCUGGUCAGGGACUACUUCCAGGACAUUUCAAGGAAUGUGUAUGGAAACCCCCACAGCCAUCACCCCAGCAGUAGAUUGACACAUGACACAGUGGAGAGCGUCAGAUACAGGAUAUUGCAGCAUUUUAACACCACCCCUGAGGAGUACUCUGUGAUUUUCACUUCUGGAUGUACAGCCGCACUCAAAUUAGUUGCUGAGAGCUUUCCCUGGAGUCCGCAGUCUGAGAGCGAGGCUGGGAGUCUCUUCUGCUAUUUUACUGACAGCCACACCUCUGUAGUAGGCAUGAGAGGACUGACUUCUGCCCAGGGAGCAGUUGCCCUGCCUGUCUCCCCUCAGGAAGUGGAAAACAGGGCAAAGGAUGAGGCUCAAGGUGAAGAUGUUAUUUGCCAGACGGCACAUCUUUUCUGCUACCCAGCGCAGAGCAACUUCUCUGGGAGGAAGUAUCCCCUCAGCCAUGUGAGAGGCAUCCAGACGAAACGCCUUUACCCAGCAUGUGACCACCAAGGACGCUGGUUUGUGCUGCUCGAUGCUGCAUCUCAUGUCAGCUGCUCCCCUCUAAAUCUACAGGAGUGCCCUGCUGAUUUCAUUCCCAUCUCCUUCUAUAAGAUGUUUGGCUUCCCCACAGGUCUUGGGGCCCUUAUUGUCCGUAACAACGCAGCAGGCAUACUAAAAAAGACUUAUUUUGGAGGAGGCACAGCAGCAGCUUACCUUUCUGGGGAAGAUUAUUAUGUGCCAGCUGCAAACAUUUCUGACAGGUUUGAAGACGGGACUGUCUCUUUCUUGGACAUUAUUGCUGUCAAUCAUGGAUUUGAAGCUCUUGACAGAAUCACAGGGGGAAUGCACAACAUUCAACAGCACACGUUUGGCUUGGCACGCUACACUUACAUGCUGCUCUCAAGUGUUUGCCAUGGCAACGGGCGACCAGUGGCUCAGAUAUACGCCGAAGGCCAGUUUGAGAGUCCAAGCACACAGGGCGCAAUCCUAAACUUCAACCUCAAGGAUUCUCAUGGACAGAUAAUUGGGUAUUCUCAGGUGGACAGAAUGGCCAGUCUGUACAAUAUCCAUGUGCGAACAGGUUGCUUCUGCAACACCGGGGCCUGUCAGUCCUUCCUCGGGAUUAGCAAUGAGCAGAUAAAGAGAAACCUGCAGGCCGGCCACGUCUGCGGAGACAACCUCGACCUAGUGGAGGGCCAGCCGACCGGAUCUGUACGCGUGUCCUUUGGCUACAUGUCGACAUUUGAAGACUGUCAAAAGUUCCUGAACUUUGUCUCUGAGUGCUUUGUAGAGAAACCAGUCACAGUGGACCAAGUGAGACUAGAGAAGCUAAAAGCGGCCACAGCAGCAUCCCACGGCGUGAAUGAAGAUAUUCCAAUCAGAAUAACGAAUGGAGAAAUAUGUAAAGUAGAUGGGAAGGAGAAGAGUACAGAAGCACUGAGGGGAUUUGGACACCGAGACUCAAACAGCCAGGGGGGGGCUUAUACUCUUACCAACAUCUACAUAUAUCCUAUUAAAUCCUGUGGGGCCUUUGAGGUCCAAGACUGGCCGGUAGGACCGCUGGGUUUACGCUAUGACAGAAGCUGGAUGGUGGUGAAUGGAAACGGCGUGUGUCUGAGCCAGAAGAGGGAGCGGCGUUUAUGCCUCAUUCGCCCCGAAGUCCACCUGCCCUCAAACAAACUGCUCCUGCAGGCAUCAGGGAUGGAUACCAUUUUGGUUCCCCUGGAGAACAACACUCAAACGCACACAAACUACCGGGUGUGUCAGAGUAAAGUUUGUGGUGACAGGGUGGAGACUGUCGACUGUGGGGAUGAGGCUGCAUCAUGGCUCUCAGACUUCCUUGGGCAGCCAUGCCGCCUGAUAAGACAAAGUCCUGAUUUUACCCGAGACAUGAAGAAGAAACCUAUUGGAGCUGCCACCACCACCUCCCUCUCCCUGGUGAAUGAAGCUCAGUAUCUCAUGAUCAACCGUGCCAGUGUGGAGCUCAUUCAGAAAGUAAUGAGCAGCAGGCAGGACGACUCCGAGGGCGAUCAGCUUCUUGACACACAGAAUGUCAUUAGCCGCUUCCGAGCCAAUUUAGUCAUCGCUGGAGUAGAACCAUUUGAGGAGGAUAAUUGGCCACACUUGAUUAUUGGCAACACUAGAUUCAUGGUCACAGGUCAGUGUGGAAGGUGCCAGAUGAUUGGCGUAGACCAGGAGACUGGGGGCAGAACAAAAGAGCCGCUCAUGUCUUUGUCUGCCUAUCGCAACGGGAAGGUCACUUUUGGUGUGUACCUGACCCAUCAGCUACCAGAGGGCUCCACUGAAACAGGCAUCCUCUCUGCUGGUUCCCUGAUACAGACACAGUCCUUGAAGUAGUCAUUUCCAACUUGUUUUUAAUCUAUUUUUCCGACAUCUUUUGUCCUAAUCAGUACGUCUGCUCAUCACGUAAUAAAAAUCACCUGUCAAACACUGUGGGGAGUUUCUAUU